AAGGACGUCCCGGAGGCGUGGACUCGUCUCGCGGCGUUCGCGAUAUUCGCGAGCGCAUUAUUCAUAAACGCACACGGACGGACGGACCUCGCGAUCGUGUCUUACGGACCGCUCAACGGAUUCACGAUAAAAUAUCGUGUGUAGUAAUCGUAAUCACAUAAUUAUCGUGAAACAUAAGUUUUGAGAGCUCCCUCAUACCGGACAACACCGAUGACUUCUGCAGGACGUCCGAAAAUCGAAAAAUAAUAUUAUUUUAUCAGACAUACAAUUACAAAAAUCGAAAGCCCAGCACAAAUAUCACCGUGAUCAGGUAAAAUAUUUUUAUUAUCAUUACCUGAAUAAGUGUGGUCGAAUUUUCCCUAAUUUAGAUUCUGAGCGAAGCGAGGGAUGCAUUAGUUUUACAAUGUUUAUUUUGUAUUUUGUAUAAUUUUUUAUGCUAUGUACCAAACUACUACCAGAAAUCUUGAUCCGAUAUAUCAAGUGUAGCAUUUUUUUCUGAAAUGCAAAUUUAACUAGUUGUUACGAGGUCAUUUUUUGAUUUUCCAAACGGUUUUCAUAAUAAUUUUGAAAAAUUGGGAAAAUGGGGAAAUUUACGAAAAUAAUGUUUUUAUUAUUUUUAAUUUUGUUUUUUUGUUGUGAUUUAUUUGGAAAUCUUUGUAGAGACUUGAAAUUGAAACAAAAUACAUAUAUAUACCUUUUCUAAACGUGAUCAAAUUUUUAAAAAUUUGAACCAUUUUUGAGCUAUUUAUAGAAAUUCUAAUUUUGGGAGAUUUGUAUGUAAUUUUUAUUUGAUAGGUAUACUCUAUGGAUAAAAUUGUUAAACAGUUAUGCUUGUAAAUUUAACAAGACGUCCAUUAUAAGUUAUACUUUGUGGUUGAAAAAAAAAGUUUGAGUGUGAUGUAGAUUUUUUUUUAGAUUUUUAAUAUCAAAUUUUGACGAAAACACGUAUAACCGAACUGGUCCAGAAUCUUUUUUCGUUAACAAUUAUUAAUCGUUGCGUGCAGAUAUACAUUAAAUUUCACCUAUAACCCACCUAUUGUGCAUAGUUUGUCCGUUUUGUGAAUAUUAUUCCUACUAGUUUUGAAUACUUCUCCCGAACCAUAUAAAUGAGCUCAGACUGAGAAAGUAGAGUCAUUUAGUACUAAGCGAAUUAGUGAUAAUAAAACUUCAAUCAAAUUCCAAUGUGAAUUUCACCGUACUAUUGCGUAGGGAAGUGUUUUUUUUUUUUUUAACUUUGUGCAGACUCCUCGAUUAACGGUAAGGGAAUGGAAUUUUCUAUGUAUGCAUAGUGAAGUAUCAAUAACGUGCCUUUCAACUUUUAACCACCUCUCUAACCAUCUUUAUACUCAAAUUUCAUGGUUUCAUAUGAAAUACCGGAUUUCAAAUACCUCCUCAGUUUAAAAUAUAAAACAACUCUGGCAUGCAACUAUAACUAUUUUUUAUCAAUAACAAAAAAAUAUUGUAACGGCAACAAGUCGUUUCGGGAAAAAUUCGACUUUAUUGAUGGAGAUCUACUGCUCACGGGAGUUGUUUUAAAAUAAAAGUUGUAAUAUUAUAUUGUUUUAUAAAUCAAGUAUUUCCUAAUAUGAUAGCGAUCCCUUAUUGAAUUCUGAGGGUAGUGAUGUGUUCACUCGGUUCAGUUAGUAAAUAACUAUCUAUAAUUUUGACACCGUAUACUUUAGAAGAUUUUAAAAGGCACAUUUUUCGUCGGGUAGUAUUUUAUUUGAAAGGUUUUUCUGGAUUUUCGAUAUUUUUUUCUCAAAUACCUCAAAGACACAACGCAGUGUUUAACGAAAUGUACAUAUGUAUGUGUUAUAAACGCCCAGAGAAAUAGUGAACAUUAAUAUCAACAGUAUCUUGAAGCGAAAUUGAUAAAUUUAAAAUUAUUUGUGAGGGCUCAUACUUAAACUUUGGACUGUUUGGCUUUUAUAUUUGGGCAAAAAUAUAUUGAUUUACCGGCGAUGUGCGCGAUUUUUUUUUAUACAAAAUGUCUAGUAACACGAUUUCAACCAGAAGACUCGCUCCAACAACAAGAACGGUUUUUGGUAAAAGUGGCUGUUUGAGGUACUUUGGGCAUGUCAUUCUUCGAUAUCUUUUGUUUUUUUCUUAAUUAUAGAAAAUCGAGAAAAACCGCUAGGAAACGGAUUUUCGUCAAAAUCGAUUAUUUUUUUUUUUUUUGUUAUUAGGUGAGAAAUAAAUAUAAUACUAUUUUUUAACGAAUACGUUAUUGAUUUUUUGACACGUCAUGCAUUGUAUAAUUUCUCAAAUAUAUUUACUCUUUUAUUCAUAAUUGUUUAAGCAGUUCGACAUUCUUUUAAAUUAAAGAACGAAUAUCAUUUUCUAUGGAAAAUACAAUUGAUAUUUUGGUCUGGGACCGAAAUGACAGAAAAUUGAAAGAAAAAUCCACCAAUACGUGUUCGUGGUAUCUAUAACGUGGAGAAAUCAAACCAUUUUUUUCCCUCUCAAACUUUUGAUCGUGGGAUUAGAAUACGUAUAUAAUUUUAUUGGUGAAAUCAUAAUCUGUAAGUAUACAGAUUUAAAUCGAUCGUUUAUAUAGAGGUAUAACAUAAUAAUUGAUUUGAGUGUGAAACUGAAAAUAAGCGAUAGAUUUCGUACAUUAUACUGAGUAGAAUUUGCUUAAAUCGCUCUUCCAGUCGUUUAUUCCCUUACAGGAUUAAAUGAGAAGCACAUCGCACGCGGGUAGAGUUUCGUGGGGUUACAUUAAUAUACAAUAAACGAAAUUAUCGUCAUCGCUUUUCUUCAAUACUAAAGCUUUACGAACAACUGUAUAUGGACGAUUUAUUAAUUCCCGAUGUAAAUUUACAAAUUAAUACACGAAUACCUUAUAGUAUACAAUAGGUAUUUAUUUUUUUAAAUUUUGAGCGAAGUAAGGAAUGUAAUGGUUUUACAACGAUAUCAUUAUUUUUUUUAUAGUGUGUAAAAAAUGUCUACUAGAAAAUGUGCUCUAAUUUUGAAGUGUAGAAAAUUUUCUGAAAGGAAAUUUGAGGAGGGUUAUUUUUGUUUUUCUUAGAAGUUUGCAUAAUAAUUGAAAAAAAAACUGGGGAAAAAAGGGGAAAUUUACGAAAAUAAAAUUUAUCUAGACAUAGUCAAAAUUUUAAAACAUUUGAGCCAUUUUUGAGCUAAUUAUAGACAUUAUUCCCUAGUUUUUUACGAAAUUUGUAUUCAGUAGGUACUUUGUGGAUAGCGUUAGACAAACAGAAAUGCUUUAAAAUUUAACAGGAGGUUCAUUAUAAGUUGUACUAAAUGGUCAAAAGGAAAAGUUGAGUUUAAUUUAGGUAUUUUUUUUUUUUUUUUUUGUGAGAAUUUAUUAAUAACAAAUUUUAACGAAACUAGCAAAUAUUAUGGCUUUUUAAAACCUGUAUAACCGAACUCCACUCAGAAUCGUUUUAGGUUAGAAAUUAAUAAUACAUUUGUACAGAUAUACAUUAAAUUUCUCUCUAAAUCCUAUCUUCUCAACUUCUAACUUACAACAAUUUUUUGUUGUAGGGACCAUAGGUCUUUUUUUGUUACGAAACAAUAACAAUGAAUUUAGUAUGAAUCUACCUACCCUACAACAAAUUUCCGAUAGAGUUAAUUAUUAAUUAAAAUCUAUACCAAAACCAUAAUGUGGUACUUACCUGAUGAUAUUUUUUUUAUGUUUAAUGUCAUUGAAGACUAAAUAAUGUAAUGUAUACUAUUUAAUUUAACUGUUUUAGGAUACCUAGUUUAAUUAUCUUACAAUAAAUAAUAAAUGAAAUAUAAAUUAUUAUAUAAUAAUAAUUAGUGAAAAAUCAAUAUUAUAUUUCAAUAUACAAACUUCACAUGCAUGCAGUUUCUACUCUCUACCUAUUACAAACUGUAGCUGGGGAGUGGAUCAGAAAUAGAUAAUUUUAAAUAAGCGGAAUCCGCUGUCAAAUCUUUACUUAUAAAAACCAAAUUAAUAUAAAGAAAAGUUAUAAAGGUUGCCCGUGCAACCCAAAAAUUUAUAUUUUUGUUUCGUGUAAGGGAAACAAGAAAUGAAUUAGGAAAAAUACAACAUUUUUUUUUGCAUAUUUUGUACUUUGAGAGGUUGAUCAAGAAUAGUAGUUUGAAAAUUAUUUAAAAACAAUUAUUAACUAUCAGCCAUCAAAUCCUAAAAAAUGUCGCUACAUCAGAUAAAAUUAUGCUACAACUUACAUACGUUUAUACCCAUACAUAACUUACAAUAAUAAACAAGUAGUAAUGAAUAGAAUAAAUUAAAAUUUAUAUUCAUGUCGGUUAAUUAUUACAAUAUUUUACAAUAAUACAAAUUAUAUUCAUUACACACACAUCAGCGUAGUUCGUUUCUCAAGAUGUGAUGCAAAUGAUUAGAUGAUUUUCGAUCCGUCCAAAUAUUUAUCCUUUGGUCUUAGGGAAAUAUUCGUAAUAUUCCGAAAUCUGGUAAUUUAUCCAAAGUUCGAUUCUAAUGAAUCCAUACCUUUUUAGUUCUGCCCAUCCAUCUUUGUUUUAAACGGCCAAAAGCCGUUUUUCCUUUUGAAUGUUUUGCAAUUAUUAUUAGUUAUUGUAAUAUAUAAAACAAAAAUCAAAAGUUUAUCGUUAAAGUUUAGAUACCUAAUUUUUGUUUUAAAAACCGUGUCAAUGCAUUGCAUAUAAAAGCAAUCUCAUAUUAUAAAGUCUGUAUACAAGCUCAUAGAAACUGUAUGAUCAUUUUUCGUCAAGCAAAAUCCGAAAACUUCUUUUAUACAAUAAAGUUUCUAUACGUAUUACCUCACAUUGUAUAUAAAGUAUCGUAUUUUAAUACCCCCAGACAAUAUGACAAUAUUAUUAUUAUCUGCUCGGGUAGCUUAAAUUAUUCAAAAUUCCGUUAGUCUACACCGAUCAUCAAUAUUAAUAAAUUAUUUUUAUUAUUGUAUUUUUUAUUUUUACCCUCGUGAUAUUCGUAAAAUGACGUCAUUAAUCUCCGCCGACUUCUACUCCCGUUGAGGGACAUCCGUCCAAUUUAUGUAAAUUAUACAGCCGGUGCAUUUUUGAAACCUUGCCGCCCGUCCUCUCAUUGUCGGAUGAUGAGAAAAGGGAAAAAAAUGUUUUUCUCACUAUUGUAAUGAAGGUGUCUGGUUAAAAAACAGAACGUGGAAAUAUCGUCUUAAUUUAUUCCAAAGAGAUUUUUUUUUUCAUUUUUCACUUUACAUUUUUCACGCACUAAAGCACUCAGAUAAUACGAUUUUUCUUUUAUAUCGAGAUAUUGAAAUUAAAAUACGUCAACAGACGGAUAAUAUUUCCUCCUCGCUAAAGCACACAUUUUGUUUAAUAAUAAAAAUAAAAAAAAACACAAAGAUCAUUUACGGUGGUUUGAAGUCCCAUCAGCUCUCGUACGCUUUUUGCAUCGCAUUGUUUUAAAUAAUAAUUGAAAAACACAAGACCAUUUAAAAGAUAGUAUGGUUUUAAUGAUAAAAACAAAAAAAAAUUUAUUUUCAUUUUAACAAUUCAAAAAUUAUCGGAUUCAUCGUACACGAUUCACAUUGAGCUUAAAAUAAUAAGUAGGAUUUUUAAACUUUAAGUAUUCUGUUGAAUAUGGUUUACAACUAUUAUAUAUUCAUUAUAUUAUAAUACCGUGCAUUGUACGAGUCAUUAUUAUGCGCUUUGUAUAAGUACUGUACUAUACUUCCUUUUCAAAUAUUUUUUUCUAAACGAUAAAAAUAAUGGCCGUUAUAACAUGUACUUUACAACAGAUACAUUAUUAUAAUGUCUUUGCGGGAGAAACUGCAGCAUAUAUUUAUACCUUAAGUAUUUGUAUAAUUCAGCCCGCAGCAAUUAAAGAACAAACAAAUAAUAAUACUUUGAUGAAUUUAUUAACUAGACACCAUAUAUAAUAAAUUCGUAUAUAUUUUAAUAAUACCAUGGAUGUGGUUUAUGUUGCAUAAACUAUAACUUACUAAUAAAUAUGAUAUAAUAUUAUAACUAUAUAAUUAUGAAAAUUGAAAAGUGCAAAUUAUCAACAGAGUCACCUAUAGAAUAACCAGCGUCACCUUUUUUUUCUAUCUAUAAAUUACUCUUCUACCGAAAAUAUUGCUUCGAUCUUAAAGUAUUGCAUAUUUUCUAUAAUAUUGUCUAUAGCUGGUUAAUUAAAGCUGUAUUUUCAUUCUAGUUUUCUUAAUACGUAAUUGAGAAAAACCAAGAAAAACCUAGGAAAACAGGAAAAUUUACACAAUUUCUUGUAAUUAGAUAUUGCAGAAACUUGACAUUUUCACAGUAUCUACUCUUAUAGUAGAAUAAUAUAAGCCUUGACCUUCUAAACGUGAUCAAAAUGUAAAAACAUUUAGGAUUGUAUAACAUUUUUAAGUAACUAGUUGAAAUUUUUACGUUUUAAUAAUUAUUAAUAACUAAAAUGAUAAUUGAUAAUACAUUGUGUGUCCGUUGGCCUAAUAACUAUAUUAACCAAAUAUAUAUAUAAAUUUUAAUCAGUUCACUAAUCUCCAUAAUACAGAUUUUAUUCGUCAGAAAUAAACAUUAUAAUUAAUAAUAAUUGUUUAUAAUUUAUAUCGGGUAUCUUUUUUUUAAUGGAAAAAGUUUCCUGCACAAUCACGCAUUUUGUCAAUUUUUAAUUUGUGAAAAACAGUAAAAGACGCACACGUUGAAGUACAAAACACGUUUAACAUAUAAUACCUGCACUACUAUAUGGAUAACAUUUAUAAUUUUUGAAACUUUUUUUUAAUAUAUAAAAGAGUGAUUUGUUUUUGGUUUUUCUGUGCGAUAUUUUGUUUAUUAACAUUUUUUUUUUUUAACUGUUUAGUCGAAAAAGUACGUUUUUAAAGUUGAAUGAAUACGCCCGUAAUUACAAAUAUAUAAAUUCAUUUGUUUAUAGAAAUAUAACAUGUUUAACUUGAAUACAUUUUUUACAUUAAUAUUAUUUAUCGUGCAAUAUUACCCAUCUCGAAUUUACACUAGGCCAAUUCGGAUAUAAAAUAAUAAUGAAAAAAUUAUUUAAAAUAAAUAGUACGUAACUUAUACAUCUAUAUGCAUUAUGCAUGUAUAUUAUGUGUAUACAUAUAAAGGUUGCAUGUAUGUAAAUAAUACAUGUAUGUAUUUAAAUUGAAUUGUUCGGAACAAACUUUUGCAAUAUUGAAUGUGUAUAUUAUUGAUGUAUAUAUUUUAACACAAUUUAAUCAAUGAAAUUAUAUCAGUGAACUCACAGUAACUCGAAGCGGGAUGUAACGUAAUAUUCGAGUUUACAAGAUUAAUUUCAAUAAUUAUAAAUAUUGCUACAUAUUUUGUUGCUGUUUUUUUUUCCAUGUUUGGAGUUUGAGUUGUCGCAAAUUAUAUUAUUAUCAAUUACUUAUAUGAUUAGAUAUAGUUAAUAGUUAUAUUAACAGUACUCGUUUCAAAAAUAUAUAUGGCAAUAAUAUUUAGAUACUAAUCUAAAUAACUGUUAUAUGAUAUAACUUAGGUGUAAAAGAAAAAUAUUGAUUUUUCAACGUGACCAAUAUUUCAUUUAUAAAGUUAUAAAACUGUAAUAAUCGUGUUAAGUAAAACUUUUCUUUUGUUCGUUAAAACUGCGAUAUAUCUUAUUAAAUUCCCACUUAAAUAAUUCUAAUUAUUUGUUUUUAUUUAAAGAAAUUUAAAUUUUAACUGUAUCAUUACUAUUGUUUAAGAUAUUCUAGAUUUUCAGUGUAGCGAGCAAAAUUAUUAUUACGAGUUUUACAAUACAUAAUUUUUUUUUUUAUGAAACAACUUUUUUUUAGAAAAGAAAAUGAAGGAUAUUCUUGGUUAUUUCCUAUUCCCCUACCACCCACCUAAAUUUCCAAAUUGGAUAUCGAAAAAUUCUAAAAAAUUGAAAAUAAUAAUUACAGCAAGUAUUAACAGAUUUUCAUAAUUCUGAGGUUUAUUAUUAAUCGUUUUACGAUUAUUUUAUUUGUUAUCAAUACUUAUAUUACGAAAUAUUAAUCAAUUGAAAUAAUUAAAUAAAUGUUUUUUUUUUUUUUUACUAUAGUAAUUAUAAUAAAAUAAAUAGCCUGUGUGCCUACGUUUAAUAGGUACACAAAAUAAAAUUUAAGCGAUGAAAUUCUGUGUAUACAUGAGUUAUUUGAAUUUAUAUUUUUAUGCAUAAUAUAUGUAACAAUACCACUCAUUUUGUUUGCAAUUUAAUAACCGCCGUCGUCGUCUGCAGUGAUGUAUCGGUGCGAAAGGGAGCGACAAAUUGAAACAGAUUCGUAUCCAUGGAAAUCGUCUACUUGACAAAGCAAAAAAUAAAAAAAAACAAGAGAAAAGAAAUAAGAGAGGAAAGAAAGGAUAGUGUUUUCUCAGGUCCCCAGCGUUUUAAUUAGUUUGUCGAAGAGGUAGGGGGCAUUAAACAACCGUCUUGUAAUUAAAUCGGCAGUGGUGCACGAUACGAAUCUCAAAGAGUAUUAAAGUUUCGGUCCCUUUCAAAGUAAUUAGCAUCUGUGGAAAGAGGCAGGUGGAAAGGGGUGUAAGUUGCAAAUCAACAAAGUUUUCAAUUCCACCGAGUUCUAUUUGACAUUAAUUCAAACCAUCUUGUUCAGAAAGGAUUUUAAUUUAGUCUUGCUUAUUUUUAUUGUCUCUUAUAAGGUAUAUUAUAGAGUUAUUGUCUCAAUUUUUGACGCUGACUGAGCGCGUCGAACGCGUAUUUCAUUUAGGACACUCAUAGCUAUAGACAUUUGUGUUCGUAUUUAAAUUAAUAAUUAAGUAUAUCGAUUGUGUCACUUAAAUAUAAUGCGUGGCGUGAAAUUUUCCGAUUUAUCGAUUGGCGGAUUUAGGUCAUUCGUAUUUCAACGUAAUUAUUGGCAUUAAAUAUAAAAUUUGUACGGACAUUUAUUGCGUAUCUAUUCUCCUAAUAUAGUUAUACAUAAUUGUAACAGGUAUUGUAUACAAUCUAGGAUUUAUUUGAUAUCAUAUUUCAUAAAUUCAACUAAUUUAUUAACUAAUUAACUUAUAUUCACAAUAACUUGUUAUAAAAAUGUCACAAUUUUGAUGGCCACUGUGUAGGUACUUAAAUGGUUCACAGACAAGCGAACUACUAAACAUGGUCUACUCACAAAAUGUCGCCAAAAUAUGUAUUCAUUUUUAAAACUAAACACUAAAAUAUUAGACGACAAUUAAUAUAGUAAACAUUUUUUUAAAAUAGACGUAUUCAAAAAUAAGCAUAAUUCUUGCUGACUACAAGUCCUAAAACCAACUAAAUAACGGCGUUCAUCGUUUUCAAAUAAUAAUCACGAUUAAAUAAAUAUUAGGUACUCACUAUAUUGCUGUGUAUAUAAUGUACAAUCCAAGUUGAUUAGUGGAGAUUUGCAUCCGACCAUUAUACAAUUUAUGUAAUAAUUUAUGACUAGGAUAUUAUACAUUAUGUUUAAAUAAUAUUUUAUUUCGAAUUUUAUCGUUUUAAUUGCAAAUUGCAUAAACUUUAUUAAAAAAUAAAAUAAAAACCGCAAAGCUAAACUUCACCAUCAGGUAGAAUAAAAUAUUAUACGAGUAUGAUUAUACUAACUAAUUUAAAAACUAAAAAGUACCGACUCGGAGUGGUAACAUGUCAUAUGAUAAAUAUUCAUGUCAAACAUUUUGUGCGUUGGAAGUUUUACUGCCGAUGUCAAUAAUUAUUGAAAAAACACCGAAUGAAAGUGUACCUCUAAUGGAAUAAUAAUAUUCGUUUAUCUUUCAUGACUCAUACAAUUUCAUAAUAUUGACUUUAAUAUAUGAUAAAAUAUGACCUUUUAUUUGAAAUAAUUAUUCACCGACCAGCAGCAGAGAAGUCUAGGGUGUUAAAUAUUUACUAUCUAAUUAUUAUUUUUUUAAAAAAAAAGAACAAAACCUAAUUCAAAUAUUUGUUAAUAAAUAAACGAAUUAGUAAGUAUAAUGCGUACACUACAUGCGUUCAGUUUUUUUAUUAUUUUUUUUUUAAAUCUGAACGAAGUGAGGAAUAUAUUGGUUUUACUGUAAUAUACUUUUUUUUUGUACCAGUAAAUAUCGUUUCGACUAAAAACUUUCUCGCAACAUUUCUAAUCUAGUUGGUGCAUUAGGAAUGUCACGUUUUGAUUUUCCUUGUAGUUUUCUUAAUAAAUAAGAAAACCUGGCAAUUUGUUGCCUAAUUGUUGUUGGGUUACUUUGGCAACAAGGAAAAAGUUACAAAAUUGUUCAGAAUCAUUUUUCGUUAGCAAUGGUUUAUCGUUGCGUACAGUGACACACCCAUUAGCAGUAUGGGCCUUUUUUUAGUGGGGAUUUUAAUAAAUUAUUUCAUAACAUAGGUACGCGUUAUAUAUAUUACUAUGGGCCAUCGAGGUUUUGCGGUCAGCUCUAUUAUCAGAAAGGCACUUUGCCUAAUUCGAAAACCACACGGGGUUCAAUAAGAUGGCAUUAUUAUUUCUGACCAACAAACAACUCUCAACAUCGUAGGGUGCCGAUGCCUUUUGUUUGCAUCGUCGGGAUAUAGAAUCUUUUGUUCCUCCGGACUCUCUAAUACGCACCACUAUUCGGCAGUUUGCCAUUCCCCGAUGAUUUUCUCUCGUACAUUGUUUGUUUAUGUUUUUUUUCAUCGGCAUAUUUACAUUAUAAAAAUCGAAAUUACAAUAGUAUAUACGAGCGUAAUAUAUGAUGUAUAGGUUAUAAUUAUACUAAACGAAAAUUAAAUAUAUUAUUUAAUUUAACUAAUGAGUUUAUAAAUAAAUGUAUCAGGUACCCAUAGAUACAUAAAUUAACCAAUUCGAUAUACUAUAGUAUAACUUACUGUCCUUAUACCUAGUGUUUUAAAAUUGUAUGGCACGCACAUUUUAAAAUACUUGUUUUAUAAUCAUUUUUUAAAUUAACUACAGGGAUAAUACCUAAUAUUUCACUGAUUAUAAUAUUUUUUUAAAGGAUUGUUUGCAUUAGGACACACAUUGAGGUACAUACAAUUUUAAUACACGCUUUUGAACUGUGUCUGUAUGUAUGUGUUUCUUUGGUUCAAAAAUGAAAGAGGUAUGAAUUUUUCGAUACAGAUGUAAAUCUUUGGUGACAUUUUUCAGAUGUAUUUCAAAAUUUAAAUUCACAUACGUAUCCUCUGAAUAGAUAACACUAAACGUUAAAUAUUAGUACCAUUUAAGUAAUAAUUAUGACAUUAUUUUUACAAUUAAUAUGAAAACAUUUUUAGGUAUAUUUUCUGAAUAUCGAGUAUAUCCUCUGUUUUUUCCAAUUUGUUGAGAAAACUCUUAAGGAAAAUCGAAAAAUUAUCUCCCUAAAGUACCACUCUAAGAAAAUUUCCUUUCAGAAAAAGAUCUACAUCGUAAACAUCAGAGUAAGUUUUCUGGUAGAAAAAGUGUUCACAUAAAAAAAAAUAUACAUCUUUGUAAAAUCAUUACAUUCUUCACUAUACUCAGAAUCUAAAAUGUACUAUCUAUAUUUUUUUUUAUUUUUUUAAUACAGUUGAAAUACACCCAGAAUAUAUUCCAAUUUUUAAUGAUUGUAAAUGUGAAAAGCAUGCAUUAUGAAUGGAAAUGUAUUAGUUUGUUCAUUCCAAGAUUGUGAAUGGGAAUAUAUUAUAUUUUAAAAGAAAUUUUCCAAAUAUUGAAUAUUAUACAGGGUCAUUCAAAUUGUUUGAUACAGUCAAAUUUUCCGAGAAAUAUUUAUUUCUUCUUCUUUAAAAAAAAAAAAAAUAACGAAACAUUUUUUUGAAUCAUAUAUUCUGAAAUGUUACAUAUAGUACUUAUUUUUUCGGUCCUUAUUUUUAGGGAUAAAACGAGUACCUAUUUUUUAUUUUCAAAUGACAACCUAUAUUCAAAUUCUAUAAAUAGAUGAAGCAUUAGUUAAAAUACAUUUUUAUUGAAAUUAUCGAUUUCCGUCAACCUGUUUACGAGAUAUUUUUUAAGUUUAAGUAGGGGGAAAAUAUAGUAAAUCAUUUGAGUAGCGGCACGCCGCGUGACAUUCGGAUAGUAUUCUCGGCCUACCCAAGUUUAAAAAUGGAAUAUCUCGUAAACGAGUUGACAGAAAUCAAAAAUGUGAACACCAAAAUGAAUAUAAACUAAUACUCCAUCUAUUUGGGAAUUUUUUAAUAUAGGUUUUCAUUUGAAAAUUAAAACUAGGUAGUCGUUUCAACCCACAAAAUAAGAACAAUGUAACAUUUUGGAAUAAAUAAUUUCAAAUAAUUUUUAGUCAUUUUUUUUUUUUUUUCUAAAGUAUUUAUUUUUUCAAAUGGCCACGUAUACUGCAAACAAUAUAUAAUAUGAAUCAUAUUUUAUUAUAUUUUUUUUUUUGGGCAGAGGGGAUAUUUGUCAUGUCUGUUUUAUAUAAGUAUAUGGUGUUAGGUAGGUUAAUAGAUACUCCGAGCACAAGCUCCAGAGUAUCUAUUAUUUUUGUUUUCUCGGAAUGAACGAUUAUCAUUUUAAUCACAGUGUAAUACCUACAACUAUACAGUGUAUAUAGUCUAAAUAAGGAGACUAUAACCGGCGGUGGUGUAUGCAAAGGGAUGAUUAUUCCCCUAAAUGACAAACGUACAUAGCCGCAGGAAACACGAAUGUCAAACUACACCACACACAUAUUAUUAUUAUUAUUAUUAUAUAGCGAUUGUACUGCAGUGUGUGAGUGUAAGUGUGGUAUACAAUGGAAAUGUGAAAUGUAGAGGGGAUUUGACGCUGUGUAGUGCAAAUUGGGUUCGAAUUUCCCAUUUGCUCGCGAUAAUUGAAUUAUUCCCAUCGCAGAUGAGAAUAUUAUUUCGCAUUGUCUGUCCGGUUGUCAACUGUGCAUAAUACGCAUUAUCAGGGUCCGACCGACGCGGCACGGUCCCUGUCACGUCUUUUGUUUCCGGUGUUCUCGGUUUGAAUUUUUUAUUUAUUAUUAUUUUUUUUUUUUAUAAUAAAGUAUAAUAUACCUAUACCUACUGGUUAACAGAAAAACUUGAAACGAUAUUAAUUCCAUAUAAUGAUAUUAUAUGUAUAAUAUUGUAACGAACAAUAAUUUGAGAAUAGUAGUUGCAGUCUAUUAUACGAAUAUAUAUUUUUGGUCCCAGGGCAGAAGGGUUUAACUCGAUUUUGUGUAGUUUUCAAUACAAGCAAAUUAAAUUUUGAAACUUGCUAAAUGACAUAAAUAAUAGCAUUAUUGCCUAAUAGCCUAAUCUAAACAUGACGAUUGUGUCCUAAAUAUCUUUUCAAACAAAAAAUACAUUAUAGUCAUUAAAUAUAUUUAAAGAAACAAAGUAAUAAGACAAAGCUAUCUUUAAAAAAUUACUCAAGCCCUACAUCCUUGAGAUUAAAGAUAUAUAAUAUAUUAGUUAUAACAGUAUUAUAAUAUAUAUAUAUUAUAUAGCAAUGAUGGUUUUUGACUUGACAAAUAAAGAUGGACACUGUUCACUUGAAAAACAAUACGUUAAAAAAAAAUAGGUUAAUUUUUUUAUUCGAACAUUUUGCUCGAUAAUAAAAUAAUGACUUAUACUGCAGUGCUUGGAAAAAAUUAAUAGUGAGACGUAAAAAUGUACCUACCUUAAGAUUAAAUUAUCUUUAUAUUCAUGUAAUAUGUUCGGGGCUGGAAAUUGUCCCCCCCCCUAUUACCAUAGGAGGAGUAAAACUCCUUCUAACUUGAAAAUGUAGACUAUUGAGUCAGCAACUCAAUAACGAUAAUAUAAUUUUAAAUUCAACUAAAUUAAUAUAUUUAUAGGUUUUUAUUUUUUUUGUGUUUUCUAUAAAAUAUUAAAAUUUAUAUACACGAAUUUAUACUUAAUAUAUAUAAUAAUAAAAUAUUAUAAAACCAGUAUUAUUAUUAUUAUUACAUCAGUAUGUUGCUGCAGGCUUCGCUCAGAAUCUAAAAUUAAAUCGAAUAAAACAUAAAAAACAUUUUAAAUUGGGCAUAUGAUUUCGAUUUGCUACAUUAUAUUUAUUGUUAUUAUACUUCAUUUUAUGUACGAGUAUACCUACAUAUAACUGUAAAUUAUAGUUGUCAUAAAUGCGUGAAAAUUCGAUGUAAUUGUGUUGGGUUAUUAUUAUUAUUAUUAUUACAUUAUUUUGUCAAGUCCGUAAUACAAUAGGAGGGUAGAGGGGAGGGGGGUGAGAGCUGACCGUUACGAGUAUAUAGUGCGUAUAGGUAGUGAAUUCAAAACGCAAGUCCAUUCGAUGUGAUUGCGUGUUUUUUGCUUUUGUGCGCGUAAAGGGUAUGAACGCACAAAAUGGUAGCAUGAGCAUAUAUUUUAUAAUAAUAUUAUUGUCGAGGGCGAUGAUGACUAAUGAGUUCUGGGGUUAUAGUUAACUAGACGUGCAUAUAUUAUUUUCCGCUGCAGUGUACCAAUUAUAUAUUAUUUUCGGACGCCAUGAGACCGCGUGCAAAUCGAAUUUUACAUCACUCUACGUCCAAUUAUUGUAAUUCGAAACUUUAACGCAUAUAAAUCUCGUGGCGUUGUCAGAGUGUAAAAAAAAUAUACAUACAUGUAUAAUAAUAUUACCGCGAUUCGGUACAAUAUUAUUGCCAUAGACAUAAAAUCAUUAAUCAUUACUAUAAUAUUAUGAUUCGAUAUGACUGCUAAUACUGCACGGAUAAUAAUAAUUGACCGAACUGAUAUUCUGACAGUGUUUUUGUGUGUAUAACAGUAUUACAGUAUAUGAAAUUACUCCGAGUUAACAAGAUAGAAAUAAAUCCCACGUAAACAAUAUCAACUGAAAUUAAAAACAUAAUAUCAUAUAAUUUUACUAAAAAAUAUACUAAGCAUAUUAUAUCAAUUUUAAAGAGGAUAAUACAGUAACAUUUUGCCGUCUCUGUCUUUUUAACGGGCAGUAUGGCAAAACAAUGUUUUUUCAAAAUCCCUAUGUGGAGGUUGCCGGUUGUAAUCAGGUUAGGUUAAUCAGUUCCAGAAUUAUCUAGAACGGCAAAAUCAAGAACUUAAAACGUAAACAAAAUAUUUGAACAAUUUUUACUUUUAAAAUUUAAUUGGGAAAAUCGUUUUUCUUCUAGGUUUUGUUCGUCAAAUACUAUCAUUACAUGUAAUACCAUUCCAGAUAAUGCAAUAAUCUGGCUGCAAUAGAUUUAACAAAAAUGGGUUUACCAGUACUUAAAAUGUUUAGCAGUACUAUUUUUAUAGUUUUUAGUUUUAGAUUCGGACCGUAACGAGGAAUAUAUUGAUUUUACAAUAAUGUUUAUUUUUUUAUUUAUUUAUCAUUUUGAUCUGCGAACAAUUUUUCUACCAAAAAUCUUGCUUUGAUUUUCAAGUAUUCUACUUUUCUAAAUGUAAAUUUUAUAUGCGUGUUACUUUAAGGAGGACAAUUUUUAAUUUUCGAAGCGGUUUUUGUAAUAAUUUAGAAAAACGUUGAAAAAAUGGGAAAAUGUACGUAUUUGUAUAAAAGUAGCGUCGCACGUCGCUCCGAAUCAUUUUUCGUUGCAUACAAAUAUAAAUUAAAUUUUUCUCUAUAUCCUAUUUUCCCAUAUUUUCACCUACAACAGUGGCCCAACCAUCGUGUGAAGUAUGUCCGUCCUUUUUAUUUUACUUCAGACAUUUCGUUGUUGGACUGAUGUUUACUUAUAAUUUAUAAAUGUCUAUGUAGACGAAUAUAAAACUAUCAAUUCAUGUGAUUAUAAUUAUUUCUAAUGAAAAUAUUUCUUUUAUAAUUUUUUAGAUCAUGUCGGGAUCAAUACGAGAAUCUCCAGCAGAUUUUAGAAAUGGUGAUUUAAUAAGUCGUUUAUUAGCCGCAACACCUCCAUAUCAAACCAAUUCCACGUUUGUACCACCAGGAUUAUAUUUCAGCGAAAUGCUCAAAAGAUUCGUACAAGCAAAAUCUUAUCCACCUUUAUCCUUGAAUAAAAGGGGAAGAAAGCGUAGCUGGAAAGACAGUGGAAAGGUUGAACAGCCAUCUGAAGCGAAGCAAAAAAAAAUGGAUUUCGUACCGAUGCCACCUGCUGUUCAGACAGAACCUCAAUUUCCUUUAUGGUACCCGCCCUUUUAUCCGCCGACUUUUCCACCAGUGUAUUUUAAGACACCUGAAUCAGAACCUCUGAAUUUGCAAAUACGUUCGGAUUCGUUAAAACAAGACAGACAUUAUUCAGCUUUUCGAGUCCCCGAACCGUCAAAGGUUGAAGAACUCGAGAAAAUUAACAAUAAACAGGGAACGAGCUAUUUGAUGGGAAACUUGACGAAAAUCUAUAAACAAGUGGCGCCGGAGGAAGAAAAAAUUAUCGAUGUAGAAGGGGACGGGCCGGAAACUACACAAUCCGAAGAAAAUGAAAAAAAGGACUGUAAGGAUUUGACGGCUCUUAUUGGAUUAGAAUUAGUUGUUGAUUACGUGAAACAUGGAAAUAAUAAAGGCGGUCAAAACGAUCAACACGUCAACAAGUGUUAUCAAAAUGCAUAGUUAGAAUUAUUAUAGAUAAGCUAGCAGUCUGUAAUUAAUCAAACACAAUUAUUUGUGUAAUCAGUAACAUUUUUUCCUAGCUUUCUUUAAUAAUAUUAUCGUUACAUCAAGAGAUUUAUUUAAUAAAAAUAAUUCUUCAGCAUCAUUACGUAUAUUAUUAAUUAUUAUAGUUUCAAAAAUGAUACGUAAAUUUAAAUAUAGUAAUUACUAUUGUAAUAUUAUUAAAAACUAUACAAAUUAUUCUUGAAGAUUUAUAUAAUAUAGUAAUCUAUGUUCAUUACAGUGGUGACGUACGAAGUUAAAACGUAACAAUAUAAUAUACUCACACGUGUGAAAUACGUUUUCAACAAGGAAAAGGAUAUCGUCAUGACCUGUCUCCUUUUUCAGUGUUAAAGUGACCAGUUCAACUCAUUUGUGUGUGAAAAUAGAAAUUUAGUUUACGUGAUCAUAAAAAAUGGAUAUUAUAUAAUUUAUACGAGUAAAUAGUUUAAAUUUAUUUUUUGAUUGUUGGAAAUAAUCUGAAAAUAUUUCUAUCGAUUUUUCUCAUAUAUUGGAUUUCGUUUUCAAAACGCAUAUUUACUCAAAUUAAUUAUAAACACAGGGCCGUGCUGACCUUCAUUGACAUUCUCUAUAGAGUGUCCUAUGGCAAUUCACUUUUUUUGACGCCCUUCCGAGUGUAAUUUUGUAAUGUUUUCUUAAAUUUUUCUUUUUCCUCCAACUAUAAUAACGGAUAAUGUUAAACACCCUCUUUUUUCGACAUCCUUGGGCACUUGUCCCACUUGCCUCUCCUCUUCUCUUAGCACGGCCCUGCAGUACGAAUAUUAAUUAAAAACUAAAUCAAUAUAAUAUGCACGCAUUGUUUUUUUCCUGAAUAACUUUGUGUGUACCAUAUAGAAGUAUAAAUAUUAAUAUACAAUACUACCUAUAAUAUAAUAUAGAUAUAAUAUGUGAUAAGUGUAGACAAUUUUUAUUUUAUUUUUGAAUACCUACUGGUAUUGAACUCCUGUGAGUUUUUUUUUUUUAAAUAAUAUUAUAUAUACAUAAUAUAAUAGUUUUAUAAUAAGCGUAAAAGUUGCUAAUUAAGUAAACAAUUAUUAUUCCGAAAUGUUUGUAAUUUUCUAG